AUGUUUAAUUUUUUGUUAUUGAGUAUCGUGUCGUGUGCGUGCGCGCAGUCGGUGUUUUACGAAUCUUACUCUGGUAAUAUUUUAAGUAAUGAAGACGUUAAAGUACAUUUAAAAAAGAAUACUACAUUUUGGUGCAUCAACGAAGUGUUACCAUGUAAUCCAUUUGAAGGAAGAAGAUUGGAUGGAACUUGUAACAACCUCAAAUAUCCCAACAGAGGCGCUCCACAUACACCUCAAUACAGACUUUUACCAGCGGAGUACGAUAAGGGUUUUGAGCCCAAAAAGACAAAGUCAGGUGAACCAUUGCCUCUCAGUAGGUCAGUUCGUACCACCAUACUAGCAGAAGGACGAGUACCAGACCGAAGAUUCACACAACUGUUAACAUACUUCUGGGUUUACGUUAUCGGGGAUGUGUUGUCUGUGCACGACACAGUAAACUACGUGAGAUGGAAAACACACUGCUGUCAAGAAAAAGGCAAAACAGAUAAAGGUUGUAUACCUAAUAUUAUACCGGAUGAUGAUCCAGUGCACAGAUUCUCAUCGGUACGAUGCAUGAAUCUCACCAGACCUGAGAGUUUUCAAUCAGUAGGAUGUUUGAAAAAUGACACGGUCCCUGAAAGAAUAGUGACAUCAACACCACUUUUUGACCUAUCACAAGUAUAUGGCAUGUCGUUGAAAGUAGCAAAUUCGAAGGUGAGACUACUUGAAAAGGGAAUGCUUAAAUUUGAAGAAGAAAACGGUAAACUUUGGCCACCAAGCACAAAAACACCAGUAAAUUUGUGUCUGUUGAAUCAAAAACCGCAUGAAAAAAGAUGUCACGAUACACCGGACGCGGGUGCCAACAGUGUUUUAGGACCAAACCUUUUCGUGAUCUGGACGUGGCGUUUCCAUAACCGAAUCGCAUCUAUAUUGUCUGAAUUGAAUCCUUGUUGGGAUGAUGAUAGACUAUUCUUCACCACUAGAGAUAUAGUAAUUGCUAUUACUAUGCAAAUUUACUAUUACGAAAUGUCACCUGCUUUAAUGGGUUUCGAUAAUCUAGUAAGGGAAGGUGUUAUUUCACCUCAUAAGGGAUUUAGAGAUUUGUAUAACGAAAAUAUUCUACCACAAAUAUCCUUAGAAUUUCCUGCUGUACAACGAUGGUCGCAUACGAUCCAGGAAGGAAAGUUAAAGAUGUACGACGCUAAAGGCAAUUAUUUGAGAGAAGACAGAAUCGUUAAUAUGACUCUUCGAACAGGAUACUUAGUCGAUACCUUGGAGUAUAUUACUCAAGGUGCUUUUAGACAACCGGCAGCAAAAGUUGACUACGUUAUCGAUCCAGACGUUGCAGAAACCGGGCUAGGUCCUCAUCAACUCUCAGCAGAUCUUGCAACAUCAGACUUAACUAAGAACCGAUACUUUGGAUUCGCGCCAUACAUAAAAUACAGACAACUGUGCUCCGGAAAGAGGUACACCACAUUUAAAGACUUGCUUGAUGUCAUAGACCCUGAGAGAAUAGAUUUGCUGAAGGAAAAGUAUCAGAGUGUGGAGGACAUCGACUUGAUGGCAGGUAUUUGGGCAGAAAAGCUUGUCAAGGGUGGGUCCGUACCAGUCACAAUGUACUGCGUCGUGGUGGAGCAGAUGCUCAGGACGAUGGUUUCAGAUCGACAUUGGUAUGAGAGACCAAAUCGUCCCAACGCAUUCACGCUAGACCAACUUCUAGAGAUUCGGAAAGCUUCAAUUGCGCAGUUCAUGUGCGCUGUUGGCGAUACGGUGACGGAAAUACAACCGUACGCCUUCUUUUUAGCUGGAAAAGGAAACGAAAUGCGCAGUUGUAAGGAAAUCAAGAAAGUAAAUUUAUGGGCGUGGAAAGAUUUCAGCUGUAAUGCGAAAAAAGAUAACAUCAACUGUGAAAUUUAACGAACAUCGUCAUUAUAUAAUACGUAUUUUAAAAUAAUGCUGAGAAUACUAAAUAGAAGGGAAAUGGUUAUUUAUAAA